GAAUAAUAUAAAGGAAACAUCGACCUCAUUGUAAUUAUUUGUGAGUUAGAUACCGCAGUGUUGUGUUCAAGAUGAGCAAGAAUUGUGAGGAUUUAGAAUGUGACUCCAGGCCUCGGGUGAAGGACCGGUUUCCUAGAAUAGUGAUAAUUAUAGUAGUGGCUGAGUUUUGUGAAAGAUUCUCUUAUUCUGGUAUGCGAGCAUUCUUGACGUUAUAUUUACGAAGCAAAUUGGGAUACUCCGACGACGAAGCUACUGAACUGUACCAUGUCUUCGCAACAUUCGUAUAUUUGUUCCCUAUUUUCGGAGGAAUUAUGGCCGACAAUUACCUUGGGAAGUUCAGAACGAUCUUGUACAUGAUGUUCGUUUACGCUGCGGGAAAUUUGCUGGUCGCCAUCACUGCCAUCCCGCAACUGGCUUUACCAGGAAGACUAUGCACGCUCCUUGGGCUAUUCCUCAUAACAGUGGGCACGGGUGGUAUAAAACCAUGUGUCACAGCGUUCGGAGGUGACCAGUUUCAGUUGCCACAGCAGGAUAAGUACUUGGCCGUGUACUUUAGUGUGCUGUACCUUAAUACUUGCGCGGGCAGUCUAAUAGCCAAGUCCGUGUCGCCUAUACUGCGGUCCGAAGUCCACUGCUUCGGCGAUAAAGACUGCUACUCACUGGCGUUCGGCGCUCCCGGCUUCGUGGUGCUAUGCUCCAUAGUGAUUUUCGUCAGCGCCAAAAGUCGAUACGUGAUCAAGAAGCCUCAGGGGAACGUGGUGAUAGACUUCGUCAAAUGUGUCACUUUGGGUCUCAAAAACCUAAUACUGCGGCGAAAGAAGGACGCCAACUCCCAUUGGCUGGACAGCACGCAGCAUCAGUACGACCAGCGCUUCAUCAGGGACAUCAAGAAGACGCUUUCUUUACUGAUCCUGUUCACUGUCCUACCUGUUUUCUGGGCCUUGCUGGAUCAGAUGGGUUCUCGCUGGACACUACAAGCGACGAAGGUCUCCGGAAACCUGGGCUUCGUCACCAUCAAGCCGGACCAGCUGCAAGUUAUCAACCCCAUAUCCAUUAUCAUACUGAUACCGCUGCUACAAAAGUACGUUUACCCAUUUUUCGAGCGACGUAACAUGCUAGUGAAUCCUUUACAUAAGCUGACGCUUGGCGGUGUGCUGGCCGGCAUCGCGUUCAUAGUGUCCGCCGUCAUGGAGAUAUAUCUCAAGACGACCUACCCGCAACUGCCAACUCCCGGUCUGGGACAACUUCGGAUAUUCAACGGAAAUCCAUACUCAGUCAAUAUCACAAACUACAACAUAUCAUACUCUUUACCACCACACCACUAUUACUUCAAAAAAGACUUCCAAAUCUACGGAACAGAGAACAUAACAUUGAAUUUUGAAAGAUUAUCUAUCAACGAAGAUUUUCUGCGAAGUAAUAAUUCUUUUGAGAGAGAAUUUAUUUUAAAGGAGAAUAAAGCGAACUCAUAUUUCUUGGACGGGGAUGAAGUGUAUGGAUUUUUCGAUAAUGUGGAUAAGAGUAAAUCAGGCUUGCCUGUAGUAAGAUUCUUAGUGUCGCACCGAACUAACGCCUCCGACAUAAAGUUCUACAACGAAAGAAGGAGCGAGAUAGAAACACAUAUAAGUGUGGGAGUGUCAUCUCAAAUAGAGGUGUUCGCUUCUACAUAUUCCAUUUGGAUGGAUGAUGAAGUGGCGAUGAGACAUAUUGAGAUGAAGGGGGGUGGGGUGUACACUGUGGUUGUUGAUGAAUAUAAAACAAAUGUGAUUGUGAUCACGGAGCCAAAUUCCAUCUCCAUGGCGUGGUUGUUACCGCAGUUUCUCAUCAUGGCUGUAGCAGAGGUCCUAUUCGCCGUGACGGGUAACGAGUUCGCCUUCAAAGAGUCCCCAGAAAGCAUGAAAUCUGUGAUGGCAGCGGUUUGGAUGCUGACUGAAGCUGUAGGGAACAUCAUCAUCAUCAUCGUCACAAGGCUUCUGGCUGAUUACCAAACGGAAACCCAAUUCUUUUUCUACACGGGCCUGAUGUUUGUAGCUAUCGUCAUAUUCCACUUCAUGUCUCGGAACUACCAGUUCAAACAUCAAGAAUCUCAGCCCGAUAAGAUAAGAGAUAAGAGGAGCAACAGCGAAGCCAUGUAUCUAGAGAUUAAACAGACUGAGGAUUUGCUAGACCAUUAAUGUUAGUAACUAUAU